UGACUGACAGCUCCUUCCUGACACGUCAAUCUCCAAAGUGAAAGCAUUUCAGUGAGAACAGAGGAACGCUGAACAUGGCAGGCGGACAGAAAGUUGAAGGAGACGAGUCAGAGGACAAAGCUCCAGAAAUGCAGCAACCAAACCUGGUCAAAAAAGAAUCUCCUGAACCUGGUCCCACUCCAGGUUCCUCUGGUCCUGCUCCCAUUCCAGUUUCUCCUGGUCCUGAUCCAACUUCUUGGAGGAAGUUCUUCGUCAUCCUGACAGGAAAAACAAACGAUGCUCAUCAAUCUGUUGUUAAAAACUUUGAAUCAUUGGGUCAAACUGAGGUGAGGUCUCCUGACGACGCUGACUACUAUCUGGUUUUCUGUCCCAUCUCUUCUCGAGUUGGAACAGACGUCAGUGAGGCCAUGGAGCAUCUUCCUGAUGAUAAAGCAGCCGUUCUGGUGGUGAUGCAUCACACCUUCAAUCCUGAUCAAGUGAUUCCUCCGAGCCGCAGACUGGUGACAGACCAGAGAGUCCACCUGACUCUGGACUGCCUGUUCCACCAGAACAAACUGCUCGACUGUGAAUUCAACAAGAAAAUGAAGGCUAGCAUCAAGGCGUUCUUCAAAAUCUCAAAGAAGAAGAAGAGCAGUAAAGGUAUCUUCACAGAUGGGCUAAAAGCAAUGAUCACAAAGAAACCAGGGAAUGACAGUAGAGAAGGAACGAGUUCCAAGAGAGCGGCUUCCAACAAGGAGACAUCUCCACAGGCAGGUCCAAGUGGGUCAGAGGUAAUUCCACAACAGAAGGAGCAGAAAGAAGACACAGAGAGCCUAAAAAGCCAAAAUACUGAAGUACAAGCUGGACAAGCUCAAGAAACAGAUUUGGAAAAACAAAAUGCCAAAUUCCAGAAAGAAGAAGCAGAGCAGACGCAGAAAGAUGCUCUUUCUGUCAAAUCCCCGUCCAGUGAUGUUUCAGUUCGUACAAACAGUAAAGGAGAACCUGGAUCCAUGGACCGUGAGAAUAAUGCUGGCAAGACGAAGAGUAGUAAAAGUAUCUUCACAAAUUGUCUAAAAGCAAUAAAAACAAAGAUAUUUCCGAAAGACAAGAAAGAAGGUCACCAGAGAGCUGCUUCCACCACGGAGACAUCUCCACAGGCAGGUCCAAGUGGGUCAGAGGUCAUUCCACAGCAGAAGGAGCAGAAAGAAGACACAGAGAGCCUAAAAAGCCAAAAUACUGAAGUACAAGCUGGACAAGCUCAAGAAAAAGAUUUGGAAAAACAAAAUGCCAAAUUCCAGAAAGAAGCAGAGCAGACGCAGAAAGAUGCUCUUUUUGUCAAAUCCCCGUCCAGUGAUGUUUCAGUUUGUACAAACAGUAAAGGAGAACCUGGAUCCAUGGACCGUGAGAAUAAUGCUGACAUGACGUCUGGUCCAAAGAGCACCACCUCCAGGAAAGAUGAAGAGAAGCCACAGAACAAGGAAGACGGAAACAAACAGAGCAAACCGACAGAGCAGAAGAAGCAGCCUGAGACUCCUGUUCAAUCCCAGUCCAGUGAAAGUCAACAUACCAAAGGCGGUGAAGAAAACAAGACAUCCAUGAAAACAGAGGCCGACAAGGCCUCGACCAGUCCAGAGAUCUCAGCGAGGUUGUAGGUGGCGCCCCCUUUGCUUCCCCAGCGGAUCCAGUAUACUCACAAGAAACUUGACAGCUUUGUCUUUGACCUUUUUUUAUUUAAAGAAAGCAAAUUCCCCAAUCAGCUUAGUCAACAAGAUCAUAAGUAUUAGAUCAAUAAAUAAAAAAAAACAAAAAAACAAUGAAAUAAGUAUAGUUAACAUGAAGUAUAAAUUAUUCACAAAAUCAAACAUCAAGCUUCUUUCAGCAGCAGCCACUGGAACAGGAAGUGUGGAGGAGAGUGUAGCCCACAUUCUGGAGUGAAGCAGCAGAUGAUCCAGGAGAGGAUUUAGAAACUUCAGCAGGGCGUCUUAAGAGUCUGUGACUCCACUGAGUAUCUAAGAAUAAAAACAUAAGAUUCCAAGAAUAAAAUGAAAUAAUAUAAAAACUAAAAACACCAAACAGAGAUACACGUAUGAUGCUCACUAUAGAAAGCAUGUAUAGCAUGCAUUACAUUUGUUUCUGAUUUGCAGAUUCGAUGUCCAGUUUAUUGUCAUUACAGUGAAAUGCUGAGCAGCACAAUGUAAAGCAGCAGUAAACUGCAGUAUUCAGGUUAUAAUACUGAUCUGACUGAAUGACAGCAGAGCUGAUGUUCACAGCAGCGUUCCCUCUCAUGUGGUACUGAUUCAACAUUAAUGAUGAGCCUCAACAACUCGGCUUACAACUAUCAGAUAUGGGUGGAAAAGUGACUGUUACCAGCAGGUUAGCUAACCAGACGGCAAUCAAAAGCAAUAAUAAUGAUAAUAAGAAGAAUGUAAACACCUUCUGAAACGAUCUCAUCUAAAUCUCUUGAGGACUGUAAGGCGGGAGAACCAGUAGUUUUCUACAUGGUCUAAAUUAUGUUGCAUAACAAGAAGCCCCUCGACAAGACUGACUGGCAUUAAAACAGUUAGCUAGCAUGGUAUUUACUGAUUAGUGAUUAGCAGCCAUGUAGCUUAAUCCAGGUUACCGUCGCGUUCUGCAGCAGAGAAACCAUUACAUGUAACAUUACCUCCGUCUUUCUUUCUGUUCUCCUCCUUUUCUUGUUUUUUUCUUCCCUGGACACCAGACAGUUCUGGUCAUUUUGUCAUCAUAUCUUGAUAUUUUGAUGGGGGACGUCCAGAAACGAUCAUGUGGCGAAU